UCUACCAUAGGCAUAUUACCAUAGAUCCUCACGUGGACGCUGAACAUAGUGAAUAGACUAUGUUAUUUAAAUUACGAUAAACUUAUUUAAUAUUUAUAUCAUUUGUACAAAAUUUUGUUAUGUGAUAAACGUUGUCAAAUACGUUACGUCCACGUGUAAUCGAAUAUUGUCUGUAAUUAUUUGGAUUUCUUUUUUUUUUAUAUAACCUACCACGAUCUUUUGAAGGUAGAAUUGAAGAGAAAAUAGAGUAUCAGAAUGUCUGUGCUCUAUGAAUGCAUUAUUUGUCAUCAGUCAAAUGCCACUGUUGUGGACUUACAUAAUCAUCACAUAGAACAUCACAGUUUAAAAGAGUUAUCACAAACUAUUAUUAAUCUCCAAGGCUUCAAAAUCUUGAAUAAUACGAAAUUCACAGAAAAGAAAUAUUUGCAACCUAUAAAUGUAGGUGAUAACAAUAAUAAUGAAAAUAUAUGCAAUCAUGUUUUCAUUGAACCCGAAUCAAAAUAUAAAUAUAAAAAUAAAGUGACGAGUUCACCAAGAAAAUUCACCCAUGAUAAUUGCUCUAUAAACUGUACUCAAUUUAUUGCUUGGGAACGUGAAUUGUAUCAAAGAAAGGAAAUAAAUGACGAAGACUUUUUUAAUAUCACUGAAAGUCUUUGUUGGGAUUUAAGUAAGAGUAGAAAGAAACGUAGAGGAAGGAAGAAAAAACAUAUAACAGGUACAAAAGAAACAGAUCUGUUAAAGAGAAAUUUAUUAACAAGGAAUCAAAUUGACGAGAUUAUCGGAGUAAAGAAUGAACCUGCCGAACAUGUAAAAAUUGAGCCUUGCCAAAUAGCAACGACCUCAUUUUGGAAUCAUACAGAUUCAGUUACCAAUACUACUAAUAAUACCAAUACUAAUAAAGAAUUUUUUUCAUCAAAGACAAAAACUGAAAUAAAAGAUACGGACAAAACUGAGGUUGCAUCAUUGAAAGUUGUUAACACCGAUACAGAUAACAGUGUUGUAACGUAUUAUUCAUCAUGCAAUAAUUCUCCUUGGAAUUCUAUUAUUAGUGUAAGUGGUGACGAACAAGAAAUGUCUGCUGAUGAAAAAAAUGUUUAUCCUCAAUCAGUAGAAAUUGAUAUUGCAAAUUUUCUUUAAAGAAAAUAUAUGCAUUGAUUAUACAGAGAAAUAUGAAGACUGAAUGAGGUAUAAAUAAUGUAAAUAAUAAUUUUUUUAUAUUCGAAAUUCGAUUAGUUCUUAAAUUAAGUUUGUUACUUUCCAGAUUUAAGUAUAAAUAUAAACAUAAACAAAAAAUUUUUUUAUUUUCUUUUUAUUAACAAAAAUGUUUUAU